AUGUCAAAGAAACUGGCAUUGUUCCUUUGUUUCUUAUCCAUCUUGCUAGUUAAUCUAACCAGCUUUGGCCAAGGUCGUUCUAUUCCUACAAAUGACUCGCUGUUCAAUUUAGUUUCUGAUGGAGUAAACCAAAGUUCUUGGGAUGAACUGAAUUAUAUUUGGUUAUCUGAUAGCUGUGAUGAGACAUACGGGUUCUUGCCAUGCACCAGCACAGUUCUUGGUAAUAUUUUCCUCAUUAUCGUCUAUGGUUACGUGAUGUUCCUUUCAGCCAAGUUAUUGUCAGCUGGAAGUGAGAUUCUGCUGCAGAUUUUAGGACCUGGUAUCAUAGGGGGUCUCUUCUUGCCUCUAUUGAGUGCUGUACCUGAUGCCACCAUUAUCCUUGCAUCAGGACUUUCUGGGGACACGGCGACAGCACAAAGUCAGGUCUCAGUCGGAAUGGGGUUGCUAGCUGGAUCCAAUGUAAUGCUUCUCACAAUCCUAUGGGGCACCUGUCUUAUAGUUGGCAAAUGUGACCUUGAAAAUUCAGUUGCAGUUGAUGAAAAAGAUACAAAGAGUUUUAGCUUAACCGGAUCUGGGGUGAGCACCGAUAUAUGGACAAGCUAUGCUGCAGGGAUCAUGGUUAUCUCCAUUAUUCCAUUUGUAAUUGUGCAACUACCUCAAGUUUUCCCUACAACUUCUGAUAGUAGCUUGCCAGUUCUAAUUUCACUCAUUGUUGCCAUCUGUUUUGUGAUCGCUUAUAGCAUCUAUCAGGUUUUUCAGCCUUGGAUUCAGAAGAGAAAACUUGCAUAUGCAAAGCAUAAGCAUAUGAUGUCAGAGAUUCUAAAGCAGUUAAGAACAAACGCGCUUGGCAGAUUUCUUACAGAUGAUGGUGCUCCUGACAAAGUUGUUAUAGAAAAGUUAUUCAGGACACUAGAUCUGAACUCGGAUGGUUAUCUGAACACAACAGACUUAAGAUCUUUGAUAAUAGGAAUCGAAUUUGAUGAUGGCGAAGAUAUAAAUAUCAAUGAAGCCACUUCUCUAGUGAUGAAAGACUUUGAUACAACUCAUGAUUCAAAGAUUGAUGUUGAUGAAUUCUUCAAAGGAAUAUCAAGGUGGAUUAACAAGGCAAAGCAUGCUGCAAUGAUGGACCGCGGAAAGGUUCCACUAUCAAUGAAACUGUUGGAUGAUUAUGAUAAGCAAACAAAGGAAGAACAAGAUCGUUAUGGGGAUCACAUUGAUGAGAUAGUGGAGGAUGUUAAAAAUGCACCCUGGCAUGCCUCAAAAGCAGUACUGAUGUUGCUUCUGGGGACCAUUCUUGCUGCUGUGGUUGCCGAUCCCCUUGUUGAUGCUGUUGACAACUUCUCAACAGCUACGAGUAUUCCUACAUUCUUCGUCUCCUUUGUUAUUCUGCCUUUUGUUAGCUCCAGUGAGAUUGUGUCCACUCUCAUUUUUGUCAGCCGGAAGAAGCAGAGAUCGGCAUCACUUGCCUACUCCGAGAUAUAUGGAUCAGUAACAAUGAGUAACAUCCUUUCCCUGGCAGUGUUCUUAGGUCUUGUGUACAUCCGAAAUCUGACAUGGAGCUUCUCGGCGGAAGUUCUGGUCAUUAUAAUCGUCUGCAUUCUGAUGGGGGUUGUUGCGUGUUGCCGCACCACCUUCCCUGUUUGGUUGUGUUUUGGGGCUGUAAUGUUAUAUCCCCUAUCUCUGUUGCUAGUUUACAUUCUUGAAUAUGUUUUUGGGUGGUCAUCGACGUCAGUUUUAGGGUAAAAGUAAUAAAUGGUUAUGUGAUUUGGGGUCAUAGUUAUGUUUGCCCCCGUGGUUUAAAAAUGUCUAAUAUUGGUCCUCGUGUUUUAU